UACGUCUCGUGACCGCCAAACAAACAGGAGUGAGGCUUCAUGCUCCUGUCAUCCAUGGGGCCAGAAGACGCUCCGGGUGGACCUAAACAUGUCUUCUCGGAGAUAAUUCUUCACUUAAAGCUGCUGUAGAAGACGAAGCAUGUGGAGGGUUUCAGGCUUUGUCGGGAGAGUUCUCCAUCGAUAUAACGGCAGCAACCCCCUGCGACUGCCACAGAACCACCAUGUGGAGGACGAGGUCAUCAACAGCUCGACUGUCCUCUCCACCUCUCGACACACCUCCGACUGCAGCUCUCAAAAAGAGGAAGAUGGAGAUAGGAGGAAGAAACAGAGAACUUUUCAGUUCGAACAUGCCGAGCUUCCACGUUACACAGCUCUGGAUGCUGUGGGAUUGGGUGCUGCAGCCGUUCUGUUCAUGCAGAUCUGCAGGAGGAUCCACUCCCGAUUCUCUUCAGGCACUGAGCCAAGUCCGAUCACUGGGGCCCUGAUAGCGCCCUUAACCCUGCACAAGUGUGGCUAUCGCAUCCUGCUACAGAUCUUGUCUCAACGUGAUGUCCUGCCCAGAGGAAGUAGUGUGUUGUGUCUGCAGGAGGUGCCAGAGAGACAGAAUGAAGAUGUGUCUCUGGCUCAGAGCAGCAGCAGCGGCAGCAGCAGCCGCAGCAGCACAGUUGGCACCAGUCUUCACAGCAGCACUGAGCAGGAUCACCUGACUGCUGACGGCUCCGACUCUGACCAGCAGAGGGCACUCCUCGAUCAAGAAUCUCCAAUUCCUGAGGAAUCACUGCUGUCAGCAUCCUGUCCUCUGCAAAAUGAUGCCAACCGAGAUAACACAGAGACUGAAGAUGCCAAUGAGAAGGAUGUGCUGUCUGAUGAGAAGAGGUUGGCAGGAGCAGCACUGAAUUUCCAACACGUGGGAGACUCUAGCGUCCCUGUUAUCCUCAACAUCAUCGGUCUAGAAAGUGCCAAGAGUAAGAACUACGAGGAAGCUUUUACAUGUUUCUUAGCUGCAGCUCAGCAGGGUUACAGCAAAGCCCAGUUUAACACGGGUGUGUGCUACGAGAAGGGCAGAGGAGUCACCAUGGACAAAGAGAAGGCUUUGCAUUACUACGGGCAGGCAGCAGUUGGGGGUCACACGCAGGCUCAGUACCGCUAUGCAAAGCUGCUACUGACCAGCAGGGGGCACCAGAGCUUAGAGGAACUGAACACGGCCAUCAGCUUACUGGAACAGUCUGCUGCAGCUGGACUCAUCAAGGCUCAGGUCUGCCUGGCCUCAGUCUACUCUCAGGAGCCGGUCAGAGACGAGAGCAAGUCUGUCCGGUACCUGAAGAUGGCGGCAAAGAGUGGAGAUGACACGGCCCUGCUCUUCCUGGGUCAGUGUUUUGAGAGCGGCUUUGGGGUGCAGCAGAAUCUGAGGACGGCGAUUGAAUAUUUCAAACGAGCUGCUCAGGCCGGCAACAAGCAGGCCAAGAGCCUACUGGCGCCUCCUAAUUGCAAAGACAUCGGGGAAGACACAGCGUUGCGAUCCAUCCGCUCAGCCCCGUGUUUCUCUGUAGCUGACCGUCUAACCUCCCUGGCCGGUCUCGUCCCUCCCUCCACCAGUCACCCCGUCACCCAUACCCUCCUGCCUCACUCCUGGAGCACCGGGAGCCUGGGUGUUCCCCCACCACUGUCCUCCACGCCUCUUCAGCUCCACCCCCUCAGCACUGAGGGAGGAGUCUGCCAGUGGACUGUAGGGAUUGGAUAGUUAUCAUGAGCCAAACUGAGGAAUGUAUUUCAUAGUGUGAUUGUAUUUUCACCAGAGGAGAAAGGUCAAAGUGUGUACAUGAAGUCUGGAUUAGAGUGAAUAGUUCUAUAUGUGAGUGUGUUGAUGAGUCUUUUUUUUACAAAUCUGAAAGAGAUGUUGGAUAAAAGGUCUUAUACUAUUCAGCCUAUAAAAUCGUGUAAGCUUUUCUAUUAUGUUUCUAUACAAGUGUUGUGUUUUCUAUUACAAGUUCUCCUGUCAGUAAGAAAAUCUGAUCAAGGUGCCUUUGUGUAGGAAUAUCAGGCGGUGACUUGUGUCUCAGACACUACAAGAGUGUCAUAAUUGCAUUACAUUUACAUUUAACCUUCAAUAAUACACGUUCUCAAUUAGUCACUUGGUUCAUGCUUGCCUGUCACUGUAUAAUAACAACUUCAGUGGAGAAAAAGGGAAGUUACUUAAUGUUUUGUGAGAGUCCAACCUGUUAGCUACACUCAAACCAAAGUGAGUUAUGAUGCACUAUAAGGAGGAUGUUCUGUUAUACGCACAAGUUCAAUAUUAAAAAAAUAUCCCAAAAAUA